AUGGCGACGGAGAAAGAGGCUGCCGCUUUGGCCAAGACCAUGGGAACUGCUGGCACCUUCUUCAAGGGACUGCAAGGCAAUACCUCGCACAGAGGAUCCGUGCAGGCCACUAUGCCGAUGCAGCUGGAGGCUGUACUGGCGAAGCGGGAGAAAGCCAAGGAGGAACACAAGCCUGCCCGGCCACCAAACGUGCUUGUUGACGGAGUGUAUGUCAGAGGGUCAGCGGAUCCCAAGCAGAAGCCGGUGUUGCGCCAUGUGAUCGUGAAGGAUCUCAACAAGGUCGCUACGCAGCUGAAGUACGAGGUUCCGACGACCGGGCUUUUCGAAAGGAAGCCGCCUAUGGGGUUGUACUGUGUCUUCGAUGGCCUAUCCAGAGCUGGAGUUGGAGUUGCCGGACCGGCAUCUGCUGAGUUCUGCGCGCUGAACUUCCACAUUGCACUUCUAAACUCUCUCUCGGAGUUGAGGACUGGCACUCCGACAGCGUCGUCAGUUGAGUCUGCUGUUGCCAAGAGUUUGGAAACUCUUGAUCAAGAGCUUCUGAUAAGGAACCCAGAGAUUGCGGACGGAUGUGGCGCCGCAGUGGCGCUGCUCGUGCGGGAUCACCUCUUCCUUGCCUUCAUGGGCCGCUGUACAGCGGUGCUGUGUGAGGUUGGGACCUAA